AUGGCUGAACUUGCCUUUGGCAUCAUAGGGAAUGUCAUAGAGAAGCUUGGGUUCGUUGCUUACCAAGAAUUCUGCUUGGCAUGGGGUUUCAAAAGCGAUCUCGAAAAGCUUCAGCACACCAUGUCAAUCAUUAAAGUGGUUCUCUUGGAUGCCGAAAAGAAGCAAGCAAGCGACCCCCUGUUGAGACUCUGGAUAGGGCAGCUCAACGAUGUCCUUUAUGAUGCAGAAGAUGUGCUUGAGGAGAUUGAAUACCAAGCUUUAAGGAAGCAAGUGGUGGCCACAUAUGGCAGCACUUCUACAAAGGUACGUCAUUUCUUUUCAUCCUCUAUAACGCGUGCAUUCCCUUUCAAACUAGCUCAUAAAAUAAAGGGAAUUAGAGAGAGGUUAGAUGCAAUUAAUGCUGAAAAGGAUCAAUUUAAACUCAUGACCAUAAUACAUGGAGAUGCACAUGUCAUGCACCCGUUGAGGGACAUAGAUUCAAUCUCAUUUGUUCAGCCAUCAACUGUAAUUGGUAGAGGUAAGGACCAAAAAAAGAUCAUAAAUCUUUUGAUGCACCCAGAUGGUAACAAAAAUGUCAAUGUAAUUUCCAUAGUUGGAUUAGGAGGUUUGGGGAAAACUGCACUUGCCAAGUUGGUGUACAACGAUGAACAAGUUGUUAGGCUUUUUCAAUUGAGAAUGUGGGUUUGUGUGUCUGAAGAUUUUAGUGUUACAAGAUUGAUAAAAGAAAUCCUUAAAUCUGCAUGUGGUACAAUUGAUCCUAAUUGGAAUGUGGAUGCAUUGCAAACUAAAUUGAGAGAUGUUUUAAGGGAUACAAAAUUUCUACUUGUCUUGGAUGAUGUCUGGAAUGAUGAUCACAAUAAAUGGAUUGGAUUGAGAGAUUUGUUAAUUGGUGGUUGCAAAGGAAGUAAAAUUAUAGUGACAACACGUAGUAACUCGGUUGCCUCCGCUAUGGAAACUGAUUCCACAUAUAGUUUAGAAGGUUUAUCCCAAGAGGAUUGUUUGUCUUUGUUUGUGAAAUGUGCACUGAAGGAAGGAGAAGAAAAUCAACAUCCAAACCUCUUAAAAAUUGGAAAAGAAAUUGUGGAAAAAUGUAAAGGGGUUCCGUUGGCGGUGAGGACUUUAGGCAGCCUGCUUUACUCAAAAGUUGAUGAACAUGAGUGGGAAUUUGUAAGAGAUAACGAAAUAUGGAAAUUAAAACAAAAGGAGAGGGACAUCUUACCUGCAUUGCAAUUGAGUUACGAUCAAAUGCCAAUUCACUUGAAGAGAUGCUUUUCCUUUUGUUCUAUUUUCCCAAAAGACUACAUAUUCUAUUCAGAUACUUUGAUUCACAUGUGGAUGGCACAUGGACUAUUACUUGAAACAUCUCUUAAUAAAAAGCAAAAGUUGAAAGAUGUUGGGGACUUGUAUAUAAAUGAGUUGUUGUCAAGAUCUUUCUUCCAGGAUGUUGACAAAUUGUUGCCUUGCUUUCCCUUGUAUACCUUUAAAAUGCAUGAUUUGAUCCAUGAUCUUGCAAUCUCAGUUGCACAAGGAGAGUGUUCAGUAGUAGACUUGGGAAACAAAGACAUUUCUGGAACAAUUCGUCAUUUGUUAUUUUCAGUAGAAGACUUGAGUCAAGAAGUUCCAAAAUGCUUAGACAAGUUAACAAAGGUGCGCACUGUUAGGUUCACAGCCGAACUGCCCGUGCCCUUAGUUGAAGCAUGCAUCUUUAGAUUCAAGUACUUAAGAUUGCUUGAUUUAAGUGAAUCAUCUUUUGAGGUGUUGCCAAGUUCUAUUGGUACUUUGAAGCAUUUGAGGAAUCUCGACCUAUCUAAUAAUAAUAGAAUCAAGUUACUUCCUAAUUCCAUCGUCAAGUUGCACAAGUUGCAAACAUUAGUGCUUCUUGGAUGUAGUGAACUUGAACGGUUGCCCAAAGAUAUAAGAAACAUGAUCGGUCUCCAGCGUUUGUCUGUAACAACAAAGUAUACAUGCUUGUUGGAAAAUGGAUCCUUGAAUUCUCUUCAGUUUUUGGAUGUAAUUGGUUGUUCGAGAUUAGAAGUUUUGUUUCAUGAAAUAGACAGUCAGUGCCUCACCAACCUUCGGACAUUGAUGAUAGGUGGUUGUGAAAGUUUGACCUCUUUGUCACUCAAUAUCAAGCAUCUAACUGCAUUGGAGUUCAUACUAAUUUCUGAUUGUCCAAGCCUUAAUUUGAUGGGAGGAGGAGAAGACAAUCAAGAUCUCAAGUUGAGCCUCCAAACUUUGCUUAUUGAAGGUUCACUAAUGUUGGAGGUUUUGCCGCAAUGGCUCCAAAGAUCUGCUAAUACUUUACAAUACCUACACAUCGUAGGUUGUGAGAACAUUACGGCCUUACCUGAAUGGUUGCCAAUUCUCAAAUCACUUCACACACUUGUGAUUCAAUAUUGUCCUAAGUUGUCAUCUCUUCCGGAAGGAACACAUCAUCUCACUGCCCUAAGAAAAUUGGAGAUUAGAGGUUGUCCUAAAUUGAGUAGGAAAUGCAAACGGGAAGAUCAGUCCAAGGUCGCUCAUGUACGAGAGAUUGAACUUGAUGAUGACACAAGGAGUACUUCAACAGAAGAAGAAGAUGAUCAGCUUCCAUGCCAUGAGUUUCGCAUGCAUGCAUAA